AGGUGGGGGGGGUCACGUGGUUCUACUACAGAGAGCUCCCCGGCUGGUUCUCGUCUCGCCCCGUGGUUCUCUCGGAUCGCUCGGGCACGCGGAUCCUGGACCGCGACGCCAUGAGCGCCGACUUGACGAGCCGCUUCAGCAUUCUCCUCUUCAACCUCGUCAUCCUCGACAGCCGCCCCUCGGACUCUGGUCACUACAUCUGCGGCUCGUCAGACGGAGACUUCUACUUUGCUUACGAGGUGACCCCCCCCCCCCAGGUCGUGGUGCAGUUCACGGGCAGCGCCCGCCUCGUGCUGCUGGACCGGGAGGAGCAACCGCGACCUGAGCUCACGGUGAAGGGUGUGCACAACAAGGUGACGGUGUUCACGGCUUGGAGUGGGUGGACCCCGUGUGACAGGUGUGGGCGGCCCGGGGAGAUGAUCAACGCGGGGGUGUGCAUGGUGUCCGGCAGCGUCAUCACCUCUGCCAAGAAGGGGGCCCCCCGCUAUGUGAGCGAGGUUCCUGGGGGUCCCGUGGGAUGCGGCUCCCUGGCCGCCCCCCGCUUCGCGCUCCUGGCCGCGCGCUCCCGGCCCCCCGAGAUCCUCGUGCGCGGCUGCCGUGACACGUGCGCCUCGACGGGCAGCGCCGUGCAGGACGUCCACGCGGCGCUGCGUGAGCUGAUGGGCCUGGGACCCGUGGGGGUUGCCAAGCUGCAGAACCGCGUGACCCUGGCGAGACACGUGGAGCUCUCGUGCCCCGGGGGCUCCCCACAGUGGAGCGUGUGGAGAGCCGCGGUGGCUGGAUGUCGUGGGUUCGAGUUUGCGUGUUCACUCUCUCCAUGGAUUUUUCUCCAGAGCGCCGUGGGCUGGGACCGGGACGGGCAGCCUCUCCUGCGCUCCGUGUUCUCGAGGACACGGGGUCGCGAGCUCGAGGCCACGGAGUUUGGGCGGGUCACACUGGACAACAACAACCACCUGCACAUCUUGAACGCCAAGCGGCGCGACGCAGGCCGCUACAGCUGCUGGCUCGCCGGGCGGAUGGUGGCAGAGUUGGAGGUGACGGUGACCCCCAAGAACCGGACACGGCGGCGGCUGGACCCGCGCGACCCCGAGCUGAAGGCGGCGCUGGCCGCGCUGUGGCGCCUGUACGCGGCUCUCUGUGCCGUCACGGCGGUGGUGCUGGCGCUGCGCGUGCGAGCCGCCGUCGCCCGCACCGCCUGGAGGGGUUCGCUGGCACCGCCGGCGCGCCGUGGGAAGAGGGGGGCAUUGCACGGGGAGGAGGCCUGAACACCUGGGACCAGCUACAGUGAGAACGGGAACUUUUUUUCCUGCCAAGGGCCAUUUGGAUAUUUAUAACAUCUAGAUUUUAAGCUUUCGUGACUGCAAGGAUUCAUACUCUUAGUUCUUUCGGUAAAGUCACGUAGGUAAAAAAAUUGAAA